AUGGCGUUAGUUACUGCCGCUGCUGUCGCUGGUACGACGCUCGCGGGCAUGUAUUUAGAUGCGAAAUACCACGUUAGAAAGGACAUUAGAGAAUUAAACCGUGGUCGAACUGUGGUGAAGAUGUAUGCAGAAGCAGUCCGACAAAACCGCGUUUCCCUCUGGUACUUCUUCGAACAAGCCGUCAACCGCAAACCCACCCAUGAAGCCAUCUGGUCCCGAACCGGCUGCUACACCUUCGCGGAAACACACAUACGCGCAACGCAAUACGCACAUUGGUUCCUCUCCCGUGGUGUCAAACCCAAAGAUUACGUCGCCUUCUUCCUCACAAACUCGCCUGAUUUCCUGUUUGCGUGGCUAGGACUCUGGGCGAUAGGGGCGGCGCCGGCAUUGAUCAAUUAUAAUCUUACGGGGAAGGCGCUGGUGCAUUGUUUGAAGCUGAGUGGUGCGAAAUUGUUGCUGGUUGAUGGGGAUGAGUUGUUGAAGGCGCGGAUAGAGGAGGUUAGGGGGGCGAUUGAGGGAGAGUUGGGGAUGGACGUUGCGGUUGAAGAUGCGGAUGGUUUGAGAGAGAUUCAGAGCCAGAGUCGUGAGAGGAUUGAAGAUAUAUAUCGAGAAGGAGUUAGAGGAGAUUGGCCUAUGGGAAUGCUGUAUACUUCUGGAACCACGGGGAUGCCAAAAGGCGUCUCGUUUACGACGGAGAGACAAUGGCUUGCUGUUGCUGCGCACAAAGCCGGUUAUACAACAGUUCAAGAAGACGAUCGAUGGUACAAUUGCAUGCCCCUGUAUCAUGGAACAGGAGGAAUCACAUCCAUAAGCAUGGUUAUAAACGGUGUCACCACAUGCAUUGGCAAGAAAUUCAGCACAUCCCAAUUCUGGCGCGACAUCCACGAUUCAAAAGCAACAUAUUUCAUAUACGUGGGAGAGACCGCAAGAUACCUUCUCGCCGCUCCACCUUCGCCUCUAGAUACGGGUCACAACGUCCGUUGUAUGCACGGCAACGGUCUUCGACCUGACGUCUGGAUUAAAUUCCGAGACCGUUUCAACGUCCCCGAAGUCUCCGAGUUCUUCUCCUCAUCAGAAGGAGUCUUUGGUCUUUUAAACUACGCAAGAGGCGACUACUUCGCUGGCGCAGUUGGCCACAACGGCCUCAUCGGCAGACAAUACUACAAGAACAUUUUCGUCCCCGUAGCUACCGACGAAGCCACUGGCGCUAUAUCCCGCGAUCCUGUAACCGGGUUCGCAUACAGACAACCCUACGAGGUAGGAGGCGAAAUCAUAGUCCAACUCCCCGACAAAAACUCUUUCGCUGGCUACUACAACAAUCCGGAAGCCACAGCAAAGAAAUUCGAGCGCGACGUAUUCCAGAAAGGAGAUCUGUGGUAUCGAACCGGUGACGCGUUACGCAGGACGAGCGACGGCCGCUGGUUCUUCCUCGAUCGGCUGGGUGAUACGUUUCGCUGGAAAGGCGAGAAUGUAAGUACAGCGGAGGUGGCGGAGGUACUGGGGAAUUAUCCGGGCGUGGUUGAGGCGAAUGUUUAUGGUGUUUUGCUACCUAAUCAUGAUGGGCGAGCUGGGUGCGCGGCGCUUUAUAUUGAUCCGAAUGCGCAUUCGAGUUUUGAUUUCGCUGGUCUCUUAAGACAUACACGCGCCCACCUCCCUAAAUACGCAGUCCCGCUCUUCCUGCGUCUCGUGUCUGAAAUGACGCCGAUUCAUAAUAAUAAACAGAAUAAAGUGCCGUUAAGAGAGGAAGGCGUGGAUUUUGAGAAGAUGAAGGGCGGGGAUAGGAUUUUGUGGGUUGAGAGACGGGGCAAGGGGGAUAGGUAUGUGGAGUUUACGAAACGGGAUUGGGAGGGGUUGAGGGGUGGUGGUGUGAGGUUGUAG